AUGAAGAUUUCAUCCAGCUUUGCCGAAACACCUUUGCCCAGCACAACGCAAAAAUAUCUUUUGGUGCUUAUGGCACUUUUGUUGCCACCUUUGCCCAUUUUCCUCUUGACUAGCCCCAAACACACCAUCAGAACCAAAGAAUUCUUCAUCAGUUUCUUGCUUACGUUUUUGAUGUACUUUGCGGGCAUCUUGUACUCGAUCUACUUUAUUUGUUUUGCAUUCCCAAGCUCCAAGACAGACGGUUACUUCCGCCUUGGAGACGAAGAAAACCAGAACGCCCCAGUUCAAGCAGAAGCUGCUGCUCCAGCCAAAGCUGCUCCAGCCGAGACUGUGUCUCAAACAGAAGGCCCAUCUGACGGACUUCCUUCUUACGAAGAAUCUGAAACACCAAAGGACAUUGCGUCCAAGGUCGGCGACCACAAGGUGCAAUUGUAG